GCUAAGCUUUGGCGCGCUGCUUGCAGGUGGCGCAAACGUCGGUAGAAGUCAUACGUGAAUUAUUCAAGUCGUGGCAGAUCGGCCGGUGGCCUCUCGAAGCCAACGGUGUCCCCCGGGACCAGCAUGCAGAAACGAUGGUGUGGCGCUUCGCCGCCGAACUGAUGGUGGAUCUGGGUGUCGCCACUCUCGUGACCGUAGACGUGGGCGCGGAUCCCGACAGGCAUCCUGACCUAGACGCCCGCGCGGACGCGCAUUGGCGUCCCAUCCUUCAGUUGGAUCGCCCCGAACCGCUGUUCACAAGCCGCGCAAUGGCCGAACCUGACGUCAUGCAGAUGGUUAUCGACGGCUUCGAGGAAGCCGUCGGAGCACUGGACACCGCGGUAACCGGAAAGCCGCCAGAGACAAUGAGCAACGGAGUAGCCUCCGUGUUCCGGCUGGUGAGCGAUGCGAAGCUCGACGACGCGCGCAACUACCAGCCAGUGAACGUGACGGAUCUCAUCUCGGGCCUGCGCACCUUCCUCGGGGACUUGUUUAGCUACGACGACACGAGCAAGUGGCGAGUGCUGCUCCCCUCGCCCAAGUACGCCACCACAGGCCUCAAGGCUAUCGUCGAGUCGGUCGCUCCCGCCCACCUGCUUAACUACAUGGGCUUCCUGGCGGUGAUCCGGAUGGCGGCGUACAUACCCGGGCAGUCGCAGCAGCCGGACCACCUCCACGCGCUGUUCUACCACAGCGUGACGGGCCGAUCCAUGUUCGGCACGAGGGACGUGUCCCUGAUGUGCUUGCUCUCCACCGAGCGGCUGCUGCCCGGCUGCUUCGCUAAGGCGGCGCUCCAGCGCCUGCGCACGGAAGGCGCCGACCUGGUGGCUCGCCACUGGAUCUCGCAGCUCGUGGACGCCUUCACGCACAACGUGCGCGACCUGUCCUGGAUAGACGACCUGUCCGCGCUGCUGGUGCGCUACCGGCUCAAGCGGCGGUCCAUCGCGAGCCUCACGGCGUACGUCGGAGGCGACUGCGUGCCGUUCAGAUCCCCGCGUGUGGACACUGGGAGUCCGCUGGGACACUUCCACGAUGUGGCCAAGCUGCAACAGCGAGCCCUGCUCCAGGGGAUCAGCGGAGGAAAUGCGGUUCCGCACAGGUACCCGCAACUGUCCGAGAUGCACCCGUACGCGGCGUUCGACGUGUCGCACCGGUACGUGCGGGUUCCGUCCGUGCUCUUCAACCACUCGGUGCCGACGAACAGCACGGCGUUCGCGCUGCACCUGUCGCGGCUGGCGACGCGCCUCUACCAGGCGCUGGUGCGAGUGCUCUUCGACGACCCGUACGAGCUGGUCGCGCCCAUCACCGAGGUGGCCAACAUGCGCCUGCGCGCGAGCGAUCUGAGCCGCUGCCUAUCGCGAGACGCGACCCGGGCCUACGGCUCCGACGGGAACCUCUUCGCCACCAGCGACGUGGAGAAGGACCUGCUCUACCGCUCCACGGCGCUGGUGCUGGCGCACAGCGAUCUGAGCCGCUGCCUGUCGCAAGACGCGAAGCGGGCCUACGGCUCCGACGGGAACCUCUUCGCCACCAGCGACGUGGAGAAGGACCUGCUCUACCGCUCCACGGCGCUGGUGCUGGCGCACAGGUAA